AUGCCACAAGUUCAUGCAACACCAGAAAUCUCCAAGACGAUGAGAGUGAGAUUUCUCUCCUUUUUUCUUUCAAUAAUUUCAAUUAUAGACAAGAAGCAGCACAGACGUCGAUAACACUUGUACGCCUGCAGUCUCGCAAAACUUUUUUACACAAUCAACUUCUAUAGACGUUGAUGAUGCUCCUUUCAGGUUGAUUUCUCGAGCUUUUCAAGUUUAAACUGUUUUUGCAGGGCACGACUUUAUCAACUUUUUGGCUUAAUUGAGAAAGAGUUUGACUCUUUAUAUGCAGAAAAUUGUGCGCGUAGGUUUUUUCACCCAUCAAUAAAAAAUUCAGUGAAAAACACGAGAGGGUCCUAUCAAGUUAUGAGAGAAGUUGAAGUUUUUGAAAAUUUUGCUGUGGAGCUAUAGUCUGUUCAGAUUUUGACUGUCAAGUUCAAUGACGUCAUUCAAAAGCACUAUGUGGAUGGCUCGCUCUCUGAUUGGUUUAUCGCACCAUUAGGGGUAGAGCUAGAGCGAUGACUUGACAUUUAAAAUCUGCACAGAGUAAAUGAGGAAAAAUACCAAAAUUUCAAUAGGAUUCAGCAAAAAAAAAAGAAAAAUAGCUAAUCCGAUUUUUUUCAAAAAUCUGUUCUACUUUGAGAUUUCAGUGCGGGCUCGUAUUGCACAGCUUUCGGAGAACGAUGGAGAUACUUGCACACUUGCCACAGAGCAUUUCUCGGGCCAAGACUUUGUCAAAGGCUCCGGAGGGUCGAAAAAAGGUUUUUUUUUACCAAAAGCUGUGGCAAACGAGGAAUGAAAAGUGGUGCAACGCAAAGUGCUGUAGAUUUUGACAUUUGAUAACAUUCUAAAAAUAAACAAAAAAGUUUCACUUCUCAUUGAUUCCAAUAAGUAUUGCUGUCGAUUUUCUAUUCAAUGUAAAUUAUUAAAAGAUCUCCCACUAUCUUUUUCUAAACAUUAGUUGCUCGAAAAGUUGAGAAUUGUAGAUUGAAUUCAGCGAUGCAAAUGGGCCAAAAGCUGCGUACGGCGUUCCGUGGGCCUCCGGCUCGUCUUGUGUUCAAAACGGACGGCUCCAGGUUCAGGUUAGGAGCUUCUUUAAUGAUAACAAAACUUUCUCGCAAUUUAUUUUAUCUGAAAGUUUUUCCCACACAAUACAUGGAAACAUUGAAAACUUCUGAAAAGUUUUUUAAACCUUGUUUUUUAUCGUCUUUUUCUGCGUGAAAAUACAGUACAUUCAAAAUUUAUUCUAAUUUCAGCUUCACGUUAGUUUGACUAUGCGUGAUUUUAUUUUAUUUCAAUGAUUUUAUAAUUAAAAAAUUUUUUUCUUCACUUUUGAUCAGUGAUCAAAAUUUAAAUGCACAAAAACGCACUUUUUGGAAAUGGUCCCGAAAAAGAAAGGAUGAACUUCUAUUCUAUGUUGAUAUCACUGUCUCGGAUAAAUUCUGUGUUGAAAAUAGGCAAAUGAUUUCAGAACUCUGCUUAUAUCAGCGUUGUCAAUUCGGGGAAUCAUUCUCUGACAAAAUGGGAUUGCUAACGCCGCUCCGAACAUGAAUAUGUAGCUGGAUCGAGAUACAAUGUUAUUUUUUAGACUGACAAGGCAGGUCGACGGACAUCGGGAUGGAGUUUGGCACGUGACGACGGACGUCCCGCGGAACAUUUUCGCCAGCGCAAGUGCCGGUGAGUAGCUUCUCUAGUAGACUCCGAGCUCUCUGAUGGCAGACCAGACGGCCCGAGUUUGGUCGCUCGACUCGGGCCUCUGCAUCGGCACUUACUCUGGCCACUCGGGAAGUGUCAACUGCGUCGCUAUCUCGCCUGCUUCUGACGCGGGCGGUUCUCUGGUCCUUGCGACGUCCAGCGGCGAUGAAUCGACGCAUAUAUGGAAGUUGAGCCUUUCCGGUUGGUAUAGCCUCUGUCGUUUGUUUGAACCAUUUUUCGCCGAUCCUCUACAUUAUAGACUCACCCUUUAAAGCUAUGUGAAAAAUAGAUAAUAAUAACUUUUCAGCUUCAGGUACAGUUCAUACAAGUUCGGAAGAAGAAGACGAGGACAAAGAAGUCUACGAGCAGAGCGACAGACAGAAUCCUUCGGACAGCCAUGGUUUUAUUCCAAACUGGUCGUGAGAUAGAUGUAAUUGAUUUUCAGAGAGGGCGCCACAUUCGGAAGGAUUUCGGAUUCGAGUGCCUCAGUACCGCUUGACAGGACACCGUGCUCCCGUCGUCUGUUGCGAUUGGCUGUCAGGUUGGUCAGGUAAACUGGAUCUCAAGAUAACCGGUCGAACAGGCGGCCAAAAACUCAUAUCCGCCAGUUGGGACAAAACAGCCAACAUUUACGACGUGGAGAAGGGCGAAGUCAUCAAUAUAUUGAGCGGUGGAGAUUUCUCUCUCUGAAAGUAACUUGGGUGAGCUUUCAAGGACAUGAGCAGGAGCUGAACAAUUGCUGCUCUCAUGUCAACCAGAAGCUGGUAGCUACGUCUUCGAAAGAUACGACUUUCCGUCUUUGGGAUUUUCGAGACUCCAUUCAGUCGGUUUCAGUGUUUCAAGGUCAUCAAGAGUAAGUAUCCCAGAUGUUUCCAUUUUCGAAAUCCUUAUUCUUAUUUUCAGCUCAGUCACUUCGGUUGCAUUUUCUUCAGGAGAUCGUAUCGUUUCUGCAAGCGAAGAUCGCACAGUCAAGGUUUUCGGAUGCUUUGAAUUUUGCUGAAGAUUGAAAAAAAACGAAAGGUUUGGGACUUGCGAAACAUGCGAAGUUCUUUGUCGACUAUCCGUCUGUCAGCGGCGGCGAACCGCGUGGCAGUGAGCAAGGUAACAUUUCAUAUAUAUUUUUGGACAAAUUUCAAAAAUUGCAUGUAUUCAAAAAUGCUAAUCCUUUUAACCUCAAGUGUUUUCAAAUCGAAAUGAACGGCAUAAACUAGGAAGAUGCUUUUGCAUUGUAUCUUGCUAGUUUCCAUCUAGAUGUAUGCAGAUUCCCAACUUUAGGCACAUGGAGUGAUAGCAGUCCCGAUGGACAACCGCCACGUGCGCAUCUACGAUCUUUCUGGGAACUUGUUGCCGAGAGUUCCUAAAAGACGGGUCAGCUUUAUACAAACUAAUUUGGUAGAAUUCAACUCUUCCAAGAAUUUUAUUUUUUGAUUAUUAUGUUUUUAGUGUCAUUCACGAAUGGUAACGUGUGCCGCCUGGGCCGACGAUCACCCUCAGAACAACUUGAUCACUGCCGGCUUCGACCGACUCGUUGCGACUUGGCGCGUCGCCAUAAGCAAAGACAACUAG